GUCCCUUUCCCACUGGUGGCUCUGAGUUCCCUUAACAUUCAUUUCCGUUACCGAAGUGUGAGCGAUAAUAUUGGUUCAGCUUCCAAUCUUCUUGUGCUGAGUUUCUUCUUGCUAGAGAUCAAAAUCAAGAGAGUAUGGCAGAUGCACUUCUUUCUGGGCUUGUGAGUACCAUCUUGGGAAACUUGAAUUCUUCACUACUGCAAGAAUUUCGAAUAUCUUGGGGACUAAAGGAUGAGAUUCGGCGUCUUGAGAGUACUUUUACUACAAUUCAAGCUGUGCUUCACGAUGCGGAGGCCAGGCAAACAAAGGAAGAGGCUCUGCAGAAUUGGCUGAGAAAGCUCAAAGAUGCAGCUUAUGAUGUCGACAAUAUAUUGGAUGAUUUUGCGACCGAAGCUCUCAUACAAAAGGAAGACCGUCAAAGAGGUGUGAUAAACCAAGUAAGUGCCUUCUUCACGCCUCGAAAUCCUUUCGUAUUUCGCUUAAGAAUGGCUCAUAAGGUGAAAGAUAUAAGGGAGAGAUUAGAUGCCAUUGCAGGGGAGAGAUUUAAGUUCCACUUGAAAGAGGGUGCAAUUGAUUCACAAGUUUACGACUUGGAGGGAAGACAAACUAGUUCACUUGUGGUUGAGUCGGAUAUUUAUGGUAGAAAUGAUGAUAAAGAAAUGAUAAUUAAAGUGUUGCUUGACAAUUCGAGCCAUCAGAAUGAUCUCUCGGUCUAUACUAUAUGGGGUAUGGGAGGGCUCGGCAAGACCACACUUGCUCAAUUGGUUUACAAUGAUCCAAGGGUACGGAAGCACUUUGAAUUGCUUAUUUGGGUGUGUGUAUCUGAGGAUUUCAAAAUACGACGGCUGACCAAGGCUAUCAUUGAGUCGAUAGAAGGUGUAGAGUGCAAUAUAUCAGAGUUGGAUCCACUGCAGAAACGCCUCCAAGAAAAAUUGAGUGGGAGGAGAUUUUUACUUGUGUUGGAUGAUGUGUGGAAUGAAGAAAAUGAGAAGUGGGAUAGACUAAAAGAUGUAUUGAGAUGUGGAGCAAAAGGAAGUAUGCUUAUAGUAACCACCAGGAUUGAGAAAAUUGCUCUCAUGAUGGCUACUCUUCCAAUAUUUAACCUGGGAUGGUUGUCGGAGGAUGAUUCUUGGAUUUUAUUCAAGCACCGUGCAUUCGGGAUUGGAAGGAGGGAGGAAUCCGAGGAAAACAUAGAGUUGGAAACGAUUGGCAAGGCAAUAGCGAAGAAAUGUGGCGGGGUGCCCUUGGCAAUAAAGGCUCUUGGAAGCUUGUUGCGGUUUAAAAACAACGUAAGUGAAUGGUUAUCUGUGAAAGAAAGUGCAACUUGGGGAUUAGCAGAUGAUGAAAAUGCCAUCGCACCAGUCCUAAGGCUAAGUUAUGACAAUAUAUCUCCAUCUUUGAGGCAAUGUUUUGCUUAUUGUUCAAUAUUUCCCAAAGACUAUGCAAUGGAGGUGGACAUGCUGAUAGAGCUUUGGAUUGCAAACGGCUUCAUUCACUCUAAAGGAGAAACAGAUCUGUAUCGUAUGGGCCGUGGGAUCUUCAAUAAUUUGGUUUGCAGGUCUUUCUUUCAAGAUGUCAACGAGGGCUACAUGGGUCGCUUGACAUGUAAAAUGCACGAUCUGAUGCAUGAUCUUGCGCUAUCUAUUAUGAUACAAGAAUGCUACAUAAUAGAGCCUGGAAAAGUGCUGAAAAUUCCGGAAAAAAUUUGCCAUUUAUCAUUUUAUGGGAGGUUAUCUUGGAUUUGUCCUCGAUCCGAAGAUGUGCGAAAAGUGAAAUCUUUACGCUCCAUUGCACUUCUAUUAGGGGAAGUGAACGUAAAGGAUUUUGCUACCUACAUCUCAAAACAACGUUACUUGAGAGUGUUGGACUUGAAUGGGUGUCUCUUUGACAAAUUACCAUCGUCAAUUUGGAAUUUGAAACAUCUGAGAUUCCUAAACAUGGCUCACUCUAGUAUAAAAAUACCGGAAUCAAGUAGUUGUCUUCAAAACCUACAGUUAUUGAAGUUCAAAUAUUGUCAUGAUAUUUGUAAUUUGUCCAAUGGCAAAUAUGACUUUCAAGUGCUGGAGUCAAAAUGGAGUUAUGUUAAAAAACUACCAUCUUCAAUUGGGAAUUUAAAACAUCUCAAGUACCUCAACAUGUCGGGGACUCAAAUCAAAUCCUUACCGGAAUCAACAAGUUGUCUCCAAAACCUGCAGACGUUGAAGCUGGAUUAUUGUCAACGACUGCGUAAGUUGCCCAAGGGUAUGAACAAAAUGAGAAAUCUCAGAUAUCUGGGCAUCAAAGGAUGUUAUUCUCUUGUUUGUAUGCCUGCUGGACUCGGGCAAUUAUGUUACCUACAGACUUUAAGCAUCUUUAUUGUGGGUACGGAACAUGGUCAGCAAAUAGGCGAGCUGAAGGAAUUAAAUCUUGGUGGUGAGUUGACCAUAAAGGGACUCCAUAAUGUAAGAAAUUCAGAAGAUGCAAGAAGUGCCAAUUUAAAGAGGAAGCAGAAUCUUUGUGCUCUGAUAUUGGAUUACGAGGACAAUGUACCAGAUAAUUAUGAAGAAAUUCUUGAUGGUCUCCAACCUCAUCCAAAUCUAAAGAAGCUGAGCAUAUGGUCGUAUCAAGGCUUGAAGUUUCCUAGUUGGAUGCUAGAUUUGGAUCUUCAAAAUCUGAUUGAAAUCUCUCUAGUUGGAUGUAAGAGAUGUGAACAUCUUCCACCUCUCGGGAAACUACCCUCCCUCAAGGUUCUUUUUAUUGGUGCAAUGGAUGCUUUUAAGUGUUUCAACAAUGACUGCUAUGGAGAUGGGGAACAAUCAUUUCCAGCACUGGAAAAGCUCAGUUUCAGUGCAAUGCAUAGUUUGGAGGAAUGGACAACAGUUGAUAGAGGAGAAAAUUUUCCCCGUUUGCGGGAAUUAUACAUCCGUCAAUGUCCCAGGUUGACUGAAUUUCCUUGUCUUCCAUCACUUGGGAGAUUAAGCAUAGAAAACAGCAAUGAGAUGCUAUUAAGGUCGGUGAUGGAUCUCACUUCACUUUCCUGGCUUGAAAUAUCUUGGUUUGAUGGGUUGGAGUUUCUUCCAGAUGGACUGCUUCAAAAUCACAAGGUUCUUGAGUUCCUACAGAUUAGUGGACUACACAAUCUCAAGACUGUGUCACAUCUGCUGGAUAAUCUUUCUGCUCUGAAAGAGUUGACAAUUUAUUGUUGUAAUUCUCUCGAGUAUUUACCAGAUGGACUCAAAAACCUCAGUUCCCUUGAGAGACUCGAGUUAGAGGAUUGUGACAGCCUUACAUCCUUACCGGCGACAGGGUUACAAGGCUUGUCUUCCCUGAGAUCAUUGAGCAUACAGCACUGUAAGAAACUAAGUUGUUUAUCUGAAGAAGUAAAACACCUGACUGCUCUCCAGAAUUUGUACAUAAUUGAUUGUCCAGAGAUGACGUUUUUGCCCGAAGACAUGCAACAUUUAAAUGCUCUCCGAGCACUGUAUAUUACAGGAUUUCCACAUUUGGAGAGGCGAUGCGAGAAAGAGAAAGGAGAGGACUGGCCAAAGAUAGCUCAUGUUCGUGAUAUUUGGAUCAAUCAUCGGAAAAUACAACCUUGAUUGAUUCAUAUGGUUGUGGUAGCCAGCAGCAGCUUGUGGAGCAGGCAGAUAAAAAUAAACUUUAGAAGGCAACCAAGGCAUUGGCACGGCUACUUGAGGGUUGAUCUUCAUCAUAAAAUGGAUACUCUGAAUGCUUGCUGCUUGGUCAUAAAAUUGCUGAAAAGUUGUUUAAAAAUAAUGCUGCAUCUGAUACAGUUGUGGAUUGAUGAAACUACUUCUAUAAAAUCAUUCUGGAUGAUCCCUUACCCAAUUACUAGCAUCGUAUGUUUAUGUAUAUUAUUUUUUGGUCGUGCAAAACAGAGAUAUAGCGAUUUUGAACUAUAGUUAUGUAAACAAUAGUGCUAAAGUGUGAAUGUAUGACACCAAAUUGAGUUGGGUGUUCUCUUUUUUUUUUAUUGAACUGAUUUGCAAAAAAUUUUC